AGAGGAAGAAGAAGAAAUGAGCGAUGCGUGUACAAGUCAACAAGGUUGUCACAAAAAAAUAAAAAAUAGUUCCCCCUCCUGAAUUAGUCAGAUGUCCUUGCGAUUCAAAACCUCGAAAAUAUAUAGGAAAACAUCACACGGCAUAAAUGUUUCAUGUAAUAGGAAAUGAGCCUAGAGAUGAAGUUGAAGUUUAUACAUGGAUGGAUGCUACUCUAAAAGAAAUAAACCAUGUCAAACUUAAGGUUCAUCAUAUUGCAACGAGAAGAAAUGCAAAGUUCUCGCUUGCUACUGUGUCUCGUAAUAAAAAAUUUAAUUACGAAGUUCGAAAGUGCGCUUCCCUCCGUCGUCAACCUUGGAGGCGCCACCGUACCUUCUCCUCUCAGAACUGUUCCGCCACUAUACGGCCCCUACAUUUAUUGGGAAUUUUUCAUUCAAGGAAAAUGAAGCGUGGUGGUUCAAAUAUUGGCGUCGUCAACGUUACCAAUAGCAAUGACAGUGAUGAAUUGGAUCCAGAAUACGCACUAUUCCUUAAUUCUGUGACGAUUCUUGAUGGCAAUGACGAUUAUAUGCAUGUUAAGAAUACCACAAACACAUCCCAGGAGGAGAAUAUGAGUAAUUCUUCUGAUUCGGAUCUAAUUAUUGAUGACAAUGAGGAUUAUGACGAUUCUCAAUUUAGGACAAGACUUAUGGAACGUCUUAACAAGCCUUAUGACCAUGAAGAGUAUAAGAACCUUAUAAGCAAAUUAUGUGACACAAAUCAAAAGGAACGCCACUUCAAACAACGGCCGAGGGUGGUUGAAUCAUAUCACUCGAAAGGUUUCACGACACCGUAUUGUGAAACCUACCCUGAUAUAACCAAAGCUAUUGCUAAGGUGUCCACGGAAAAGCCUAGAGUUUUGUUUCUCUUACGCGGAUUUUUUUUCUGGUUGGAAAACGUGAGCCACAUGGGAUCAUUUCAGCCUUGGCAUGAUGAAUUGUGUUUGGAGUUAUUGCGAAAAAUGUAAAAUUGGAGUCUCAUAUAUGUAGGAUUAGGAAGCAAUGGUAUCAAAUCUGCAGAGGCAACAAUGUUUGUGUACAAUUAAACUUUUCACUGAACCAUAUAUUGUGCAGUU